UCAAUACUCUGAUCAACGAAAGAAAGUGAAAAAAAGAAGGAAGGAAAAAAGAAAAAAAAAAGAAGAAAGAAAGAAACAGUUCGAAUUUUGAGAUUGAGGAAAGGUCACACUGAUAGUUCAGUUCACUAACCUGGAGUUACUACCGAUGAGUUUCUUCACUCUUGAUGCUAAUCGCGUCCUUCAUAUAACGUUCAACCCCCUUCUUUUUAUCCCUCCAUUUUGUCUGGAUUUGGGGAUUAGGGUUUAACCCAAUCCCCCGGUAGAUUUUGUCUUUUCCCUCUUUCAGUUUUCUUCUGUUUUUCAUUCUCUUUCUCCACCUGGCAAUAAAAUCUGCGCGGGAACCAAUAACCGGACGCUAUUUCGUUCGGUAAAUCAAUUGAAUCUUGUUCCCGCAAGCUCCUCGCUUAAUUGAAACUACAUUAGGGUUUUUACAUUCGUUUCAUAUAUAUACGUAUUUUUUUUAAUUAAUACAUGAACAUGGAGAGCACGCGUAGAUCGUUCGAUAGAUCGAGAGAGCCGGGCGCCAAGAAGCCCCGAUUGAUCGACGAGCUCGACAGCAGUUCCAACCCCAUUUCCCGACCGUUUUCUCAGCCGCGGCAACCGCCGUCCUCUGCGGUUUCACCGUUGACUUCCGCCACCGCGAGGUUCCGAACUAACAGCGACAGGGACUCCGAAAGCAGCGACAGGUACCACCCGCAACCGCCACCGCACCAGGAGCUUGUAUCUCAGUACAAGGCCGCGCUAGCUGAGCUCACUUUCAACUCGAAGCCAAUAAUUACGAACUUGACCAUCAUUGCAGGAGAGAACCUUUCUGCUGCGAAGGCCAUUGCUGGCACCGUUUGUACCAACAUUGUAGAGGUUCCAAAUGAACAAAAGCUUCCAUCUCUUUAUCUCUUGGACAGUAUUGUUAAGAAUAUUGGGCGGGAUUAUAUAAAAUACUUUGCUGGCAGACUACCUGAGGUAUUCAUCAAGGCAUACAAACAGGUUGAUCCACCUGUCCAUUCAAGUAUGAGGCAUCUUUUUGGAACUUGGAAGGGAUACUUUCCUCCGCAGACCCUUCAGAUGAUUGAAAAGGAACUUGGCUUCACACCUGCAGUCAAUGGUUCGGCUUCUUCAUCUGCUACACUCAGAAGUGAAUCACAGUCACAACGCCCAGCUCAUAGCAUCCAUGUGAAUCCUAAGUAUUUAGAACGACAGCGUCUUCAGCAGUCCAGCAGGAUUAAAGGAGUAGCUAAUGAUACGACUAGAGCUAUUUUGAACUCAAAUGAGGAUUCAGAGAGGCCAAGUAGAGUUUUGGGUGCUUCACGACCGUGGCUAGAUCCUAGGAUUAACAUGCAUGUAUGUAGGCGUAUUCAAAGAGAUGCAUAUAACAAUUCUGUUCCUGAGAAGAGUUUAGCUGAAUCCUAUGGGGCAAUAAAAAAUAGUUCUGGUAUUUCAAGUAUUGGAACAACGGGCAGUAGGGUUACGGAGCUGGGACAUGAUAAAACUUGGUAUAAAGCAGGAAUCAGCGUGGCAGAGAACACGUCUAAUCAAAGUAAUGGUUUCAGUUUGAAGCUUGGUUUUUCGAAUCGUGAAGCACCAAAGUCGAUGAACUUGGGUGCACAUCAUCAGCCAACACAAAACUUAACUAGCAUACAGAGCAGUGUAGUGCCAGGUAGCUGGAAAAAUUCUGAGGAAGAGGAAUUCACGUGGGAUGAAAUGAACUCUGGAAUGAUUGGUGAUGGUGCAGCCAGCAUUGCCAACAACAUGAAUACAGAACCAUGGAUGGGUGGUGAUGAUGAGAAUUUGGAUGGAGAUCAAUCCCAAAUCUUGCACCAUGAUAGAGAAAUAUCUACUGCUAGGAAACAAUCAUUUGCAUCUGGGGAGCAUUCAUCAUUGCCAUGGCAAUUGCAGGAGCAGAGAUCAAAUGAAAAGUUGAAUCUGAAGCCAGGUCACUCGGAUGAAUUGUUGUCAGCUUUAGGUUGCUUACCAGCUAAUACAAGUUCUCUGGUUGUCAGGAUGCCAAAUCGGUCUUCCAUGCCAAAUGCAACCAAAGAUAUGUCUGAAACUAUGGGACAAAAGCAAUUUGAUUCCAUGGGAACAAAACCCACUUCUGUGCAGUCACCUUUGCAGCAGCAGUCUGCAUCAUUGCCUGUAACAAAGCUCCACCCUCAUCCAACACAAAAUUUGUUGGAGCAAGACAAUGGGAAGGCUUCUAAAACAUCACAAUUUCUGGGAGAUCUGCAGAGACAAUACAUUAGAGAUCAACCAGCUGCCAAUGCUCAAGUUGGUAGUUUGCAUAGAUCUAGAGAAAAGGAUUUGCAUGGUCCUUUAUCUUCAGAGACUUCUUUUCUGCCAAGGCAUCAGCAGCAGCCACUGGUCUCUUCCCAGACUGAAGUUAUUGCAAAAACUAAGAAGCCUCUCCACUCUAAAGUCUCUUUGGGCAGUGAAAGUUCAGAACAAUCAAAAAGUAGUUUGUCAGCUGCAACUGUGCAGACUAGAUUCCUCAACAAAUCAAUUACAAAUAGUUUUCCUGGUACAAGUAGUAGUCUAGUUACAAAGAAUCUUCCCUCUGACUUAGGGGUUUGCCCAGCUCUAUCAGGUAGACCCUCGCCUGCCACAUUAAUUUCUUCGGUAUCUGCAGUUGCAUCACCGUCAACAUUAGUUCCUCCAGAUGACGAUUCUUCUAUUCUGGAUAACAUAUCACAAGCAAAUACUGGACAGAAACCAAAGGUCUCUACAAAAUUACCAACUUCCUCUAACAUGAGCACUGUGUCAGCUCCAACCUCAACCGCUACAAAAAACAAUUCCUUGAAUCCCAUUGCAAACCUUUUAAGCUCACUGGUUGCAAAAGGUUUGAUAUCUACAGAUUCGGAGUCAUCGACUAAGGUACCAACAGAGGCAUUGGUUCAAUUGGAAGCCCGUACUGAAAGCAUUACUGCCAGUAGCUCAUUGCCAGUUCCUUCAGUUACUGGUUCCACAGUUCUCCCAGUAACAUCCUCUAAAGUUGUGGAAGAUGAUGCAAAAGCCUCCCUGAUUGUAAGUCAAUCAACCAACACCAAAAUAAGGAAUAUCAUCGGCUUUGAUUUUAAGCCUGAUAUAGUUCGAGAGAUGCAUCCCACUGUAAUCAAGGGAUUAUUGGAUGAUGGUCAGCAUCAUUGCAGAUUUUGUGGUAUUAAGCUUAAACAGGAAGAACAGUUCAACAAACACUUGGAGUGGCAUUUUGCACGAGAAAGAGAGCAACAUGGUCUAAUUAGAGCAUCCAGAAAAUGGUAUGAGAAUUGGUUUCCGUCUGAGCCUAGUGAUUCUGUAGACGAUUAUUGCGAGGAAACAGACAGGAGUCCAUUUGAUGCUAUGGUUCCAGCUGAUGAAAGCCAGUGCUUGUGUGUAUUGUGUGGUGAUCUGUUUGAAGAUGUGUACUGUCAAGAGAGGGAUGAAUGGAUGUUCGAAGGUGCUGUUUACAUAAACAACUUGGAUAGAAACGGUGAGAUGGAAAGUAGAAAUGUGGGGCCAAUUGUUCAUGCUAAAUGUUUAUCUGAGAACUCGGUAGCUGGCGGCAUCAAGAUGGAACAGGACUGAUUAUUUACGCCUCUACUUUGAUGGAGAAUCAUAAGUUUACUGAGGGACUCAAGACAGGUUUACUCUACAUACUAAAUUUUGCUGUGAUAUGCAUGCUAUAUUAGUUGCCUCUAACCGGUCUCUAAAGCGGUUAAACAAUUUUGUGCUUAUUUUUCUUUGUUUCUUUUGUACUCGGGAAAAGGUGUUCAAAGUAUAUAUAAAUUGGAGAGUUUUUGUUUUGCGGCUCAAAUUUUGCAUCAGUAUUGACAUUAUUUGUUUUAUUUUAUUUUAUAUAUUGUUUCUGCUUUUGUUUCUCGCGAAUCAAUUAUAUUUAAAUCAUGCUAAAAUUAAACAUUAGUCAUUAGAUAUGGACUUCUAUUGGAACUCUUGGUCAACGCAAUCUUCUAAGAUUAAGUUGUGACUCAAUAUAAUGUUUGGAACACCCAUUUCAAAAGAAAAAAAGAGCGAGUUCUCCCAAAAUUUACUCUGAAGUCCAAGUCCCAUGCCUUUAAUUAGUUGACAAGAACAACUGCAGGAAUUAAUGUUUGGAACAUUGUCGUCACGGUUUUGAUAUGGUUUUAGGGAAUGUUAAUGUUUGGGCACUCAGCAUUCGAACUAAAGGUUCAUUUUAAUUAUUCAUUAUCAAGGCUUUAUGAUGCUGAUAUAAAAUGGGCCUUUGUGACCAUUGUACUGCUGAAGCAUUCGUCGAUUCUCAUUGCAUUCCUCUGAUACUAUUUAGCUGCAUGAAAUUGUGACUAAUUAGGGCGAAAAAGCAGCUUUAAUAGAAGGGUAAAACCAUAAAACAUUUCACUGUGGUUUUUAACUUCGGAUGGCUGAGGAAGCAAAAAAGCCGUAUCAUUCGCUGUAACCGAACCCAACAAUGAGAAAGCAUUAAAAAAAAAGGGUGAAGACAAAUAGCUUCCCGCAGGUUCUUAGAUAUCUCCUAUUUUAAAAGGUGAAGAACAUUUUUGUCAUUAUUUAGCUGCAUGAAAUUGUGACUAAUUAGGGCGAAAAAGCAGCUUUAAUAGAAGGGUAAAACCAUGCAACAUUUCACUUUGGUUUUUAACUUCGGAUGGCUGAGGAAGCAAAAAAGCCGCAUCGUUCGCUGUAACCAAACCCAACAAUGAGAAGGCAUUAAAAAAAAAAGGGUGAAGACAAAUAGCUCCCCGCAGGUUCUUAGAUAUCUCCUAUUUUAAAAGGUGAAGAACAUUUUUGUAUUUUCAAUUAAUCCAUAAACGUGGACUCUGUUUUUUGGUUAGAAAUUUAUUUGUCUUUACUUUUUCUCUACAAAAAAAGGUAAUCGGUUGCUCCAUCGG